CUGUUGUAGAUGAAGGGGAACCGAAGCCCCGAAGUUCCCUCUUUACCGGAUCAGAAUCCCGGGCGUCUCCCCGCGGCCUCCACACAACUGAGACUUCAACAAACCCAGGAAUGAUCCACAAGGUCCAGAGGAGCUGAGCCAUUUUCUGGCUUGCUCGUCGGAGACGAAUCCACGGGUGGGGGCCGGGGUGCGGGCACUAGCGGGAGGCCCCAGCUCUGAGGAGCAAUGCCCCGGGAAGCGCGUGCCGGGUUUCGUUCCAGGAGAUCGCCCUGAAGUGCCUGUGAUGCGGUAUGGGGCAGGGGGUUCAGAGAGAAGCGUCCUUCCCUUCUUACAAAGGGGAGGGGGGAGAAUCAGACGUUAAAUUCUUUUGCAAACAUUCAUGCCUAAGGAAGGGCUGGAACAGGCAGCCCCGGCCGCCGGAACCGGUCGGACAGGUAGCGAGCUUGUUGACACCGUUAUGUUGCAGGGCGCAUGCUCACUCCCAAGUUUCCUGGUGCCUUUUCUAUUCCACCUUAUGAAACUUUUUUCCUCGGCGUGGUCUCACCCGCGAUUUCAGGCAGAGGUGUCGCGGAGCCCGGAGGCUGGGAGUCUCCCGGCGUGCGGGGGAGAGGCCCGGCCGCGCGGCGGCGGCGGUGGGGGGCGGAGGGAGGGGGCAGGCGGGGCGGGAAGGUGGGCUCCGGCCGCGGGGAGCCGGGGACCAAGCCGCCGCCGCCUUUAGCGGGGAGCAACCGGGACUAGGGGCCCGCAGUCCGGGGAGAGGGCCCCCACGAUGCCCAAAGUCUUCCUGGUGAAGAGGAGGAGCCCAGGGGUCUCGGUCCGCAGCUGGGAUGAGCUCCCGGACGAGGAGAGGGCAGACACCUACAUCCCAGUGGGCCUGGGCCGUCUGCUCCACGAUCCCCCCGAGGACUGCCGCAGCGACGGCGGCAGUAGCACCGGCGGCAGCAGCAGCAGCGCGGGGGAGCCCGGAGGCGCAGAGAGCAGCUCGUCCCCGCGCGGCCCGGAGCGCGAAACCCCAGAGCCCGGCGACGGCGAGGGCCCUGAUGGACACCUGGCGGCGAAGCAGCGCCCGGUCGCCAGGUCGAAAAUCAAGUUCACCACAGGCACCUGCGGCGAUGCGGCCCUGCAUACCUGCGACCUGUGCGGCAAGGCCUUCCGUCUGCAGCGCAUGCUCAACCGGCACCUCAAGUGCCACAGCCAGGUGAAGAGGCACCUGUGCAGCUUCUGCGGCAAGGGCUUCAACGACACCUUCGACCUCAAGCGGCACGUGCGCACGCACACAGGCAUUCGCCCCUACAAGUGUGAUGUCUGCCACAAAGCCUUCACCCAGCGCUGCUCCUUGGAGUCCCACCUGAAGAAGAUCCACGGGGUGCAGCAGCAGUAUGCCUACAAGCAGCGCCGGGAUAAGCUGUACGUCUGCGAGGACUGCGGCUACACGGGCCCCACCCAGGAGGACCUGUACCUGCACGUGAAUGGUGCCCACCCGGGCAGCGCGUUCCUCAAAAAGACAUCCAAGAAACUGGCAGCUCUCUUGCAAAACAAGCUGACGUCCUCGCUCCAGGGAAACGCCAACCUGAGUGAGGAGGAAGAGAAGUAGGAGAGGGGCGUGGAUGCCAACUCUGCCACGUGUCCACGGAUUCCUGGUGUUGCAGGUCCCCUGCCCCACGUGCUAUUCCAGAGUCCAAGUGGUCCGUUCAUCUCUGUCCUGGGGGCCUCAAUGGGGGCUCCGUGCCAACACUGUCGUUGAUAACAGUGGCAUCAGGCCCCUGUCACCUGGGCCCUCAGGAACGCUAUCACACUAAUGGAAGCUUGUGGAGGGCUGUGAUCACCGUCUGGGUCUAGUUUUCAUUUUUUGUUUUCUUUUUAGGAUUUUCACACGUGGAGGCAGGGGUGUUCUGAGAGAAACACCCUUGGAGAGAUUGAUAUGGUGCCUUGAAAUAAAAGUACUUCCACUUGAAAUGCUA